AUGUUCCCGACAGCUUCACCUUUACCCUUCUCGCCCAAGCGCAAACGAGAACCCUCGGAAUCCGAUUUCUAUAGCCCUUCGGCAUCACCUACCUCAACUCUCUCUAUAGCCAGCUAUCAAGACCCACGGGAGGACGAACUUGGGAGUGACAGUCCUCGCGCAGCCGUCGCAGGGAGGUUCGGUGAAUUAGCCAUUCGUGGCGACCUUUCAGACCAUAGUUCCCUACCAACCAAUUCACGGCGGAGCUCACUGGCUCCACUAGCCCCAGAGACAUGCGAAUCGGACCUGUACAAUCCUACGACCAUGCCUGAAGCUCUCCCGGGUACUAGCAGCAAGCCAGCCGACCGCCAAGCCCUGGUGUUUGAUCCGCCCCAAGACGAAUCGUCUUCGACUUUGUCGCCUUCUAGAAAGAAGUCUGCAGCUUCUUCUCGCACGCACCUGAACCCUUCCUCGCCAUCUAAACGCAAACAACGACGCUCCCCACCUCCGACAGAGAAACCAUCCGAAGAAGACUCGCUUGUAUGGCGUGAUUCGGAAAUAACAGGCCAUAACCCAUCUGAUCCAACUGAUGAUGGCUAUGGUAUAAAUGGCAUAGGGUUUAAGCCCACUGCAUCGAUCGCUUGGGAAAGAUCCCAAAGGCGGCAAAAGCAGGUCACAGAAUGGAAAAGCCGCGAGGCCCGGGAAGCCCGCGAGAGAAGACGAGAAAGGCGAAGAGAUGGCCUCGAGCUCGACAAAUUACAUGGGAUCCAUGAAGGCGCAGUCCAGAAGCGUGUCAAGUUCAAUGUGUAG